UUCAUACGGGGCUUUUGGUAACCAGAGUAAUCAGAAACAUUGCUCGCCACUAAAAAAUCUUUAGUGAUCGUGUCUCCGUUUUUUGUGUGUUUCGUUGUGUAUCACAUCAGGCUCAACAAUGAAUUAUCGUGAAAAUAUUCUAGCUGGGCUAGACUGGGAUGAAGGAUUGAGUAUGCCGGUUGCUAAUGCUGACAAUAAAUUGCUAGAAGACGAGGUCCAACGCAAGCAACAAAUAGUAACAGGACACAAAAAUGAGCUGGAUGAGACAGAGGACCGUGUCUUUGCAAUGGGUGAACACCUCAAAAAUGUGCGACAAGAACUUGUUCACACACAGGGGCUGGUUGAAGCACGUAAAAAUGAGAUCGAGACAGAGGAUCACAUGCUAAAAAUAGCUCAGCGAGAAGAAGGUCGUCUAAAGCAGGAGAUUAUAAGGCUUAAUAAAGAACUGGGUGAACUCAAGGAACGAAGAAAUAUCUACGAGAACAACAUAUUCAAGCAAACUCAGAAGCUGGAGCAGAUGAAGUCGCAGAUGAACUGGGACCAACAAGCCUUGGAGGCUUGGCUAGAGGAAUCAGCUCGCAAGGAUGAGGAUUCAAUGGCUUUGCAGAAGUACACACGUCAAGAUGAGAGUAAAAUAAAAGAGUUGAUGCUGACUUUGGAGAGAAUGACAGAGGAAUCUCAACAUAAACGUCGACAGCUGGAUCAUGAAACAACUUCAACCAUUGUGGCACAGAUGGAGCUGGACAAAACAGCUGAGGACUUCCGUAAAGCCCAUGCUGAGCGACAAGACCUGAUCCAGCAGUGGGAGUUCACCAUUGAACAAAUGCAGCGACGAGACAAGGAGAUGGAUCUUUUGGCAUUACAACUGGCACGAAUCAAAAUCCAAGUUCGCCACCAAGAGGAAGCUAUCCGAGACAAGCAGCAGUUUCUGCAGAAUGAGAUUGAAAAUAACCAAGAACAAGAGAAGAAAAUUUUUCUUGCAGAGCGAACACUGGGGAAGCUCCGAACUGAAUACCAGGAACUUGAUUCUCAGAGGUUCCAGUUUUCAGAUGAGCUGGAGACCUUGAAGAGAACUGUAGACAGAACUGCGGUGGACUUGGAAACCACCAGGUCAAGAGUCACGCAACUUAAAAAAGAUGUACAGGACAAGACCAUCAAACUGAAGCAAGCCAAAGACCUUCGUAAGGCUUUGGUGGAGAAGUUGAAGGUGGCAACAGAGUCCACUUUGAGUGCUGAGGAGCGUGCAGCCCAGAUGGAUGAGUUUCUGAACAAUGAGGAGAAGCGUCAGAAGGACCUUUACCAAGAUCUGAAGACUUUACGUGACAUUAAUUUCAAAAAGCAAGAAGAGCUUCAUGACGCUCAGCGCAAUGAGAAAGACGUUGAGUCUUCCAUUCAGGGCAGCCAAGCAACCCAACGUAACCUUAUCAGCAAGAUCAUGCGCCUGGACACUGAGGCGUUGAAGCAGCAAGAGAUUAUCUACAAACAGGAUUACACCAUUCAACAACUGGAGCGGCGUAUCAGUCGUAUGCAAGGAGAACAUUCCAAUGAAGAAUUGAUGAAUCUAGAAAAGCGACAGCAUGAGUUACAGGAGGAGCUUAAUGAAAAGAACAAUAUUCACUCCGUCCUGAUUAUUCAAGUGAAACGGUUACAGGAUGACGUACGGCGUGUGACUAGUCAGCUUGAGAAAACUAGUGGAGAAAAGGCUGGUCUUACUACAAAGAUAGAGGAAACAAUUCUAUACAAUAGCGUUGCUGACAGGGAGUUAAAGAGUGUGAUCAAGAACAAACAGGACCGGAUGGUUGAUGAGAAUAUCAAAAAGCUGGAGGUCAAGCGCCUGAAGGAUAUGCUAAACUCAAAAUCUGAUGAUGUUCUUACUCAAGAAAAGCGAAGACUGCAGUUAGAGACGGCAAUGAAGGAGCGCAUGCAGGAGAUUGCAAUUCACAAGGAUAUGCUAGUAGCUCAGUACAGGGCUGCAGAUACAGAGCGGCAGCAGAUCAGUGCAGAGCUUCACGAGCGCAUGUCCAAGAUUGACAAGCUGCGCAAGAGGUAUGAAAUUUUGAUGAUUUCAAUGGCUCCUGCUGAAGGAGAAGAAUCAUCACAGGCGUAUUAUGUCAUCAAGGCUGCUCAGGAGAAAGAAGAACUUCAACGUGAAGGUGACAAACUAGACGCACAAAUACGCAAGGCAGAGAAAGAGAUCCGGGCUCUGGAGAACACGCUGAAGGUGAUGAAUGGACGUAACGAGCAGUAUCGCAAGUCCUUCAACAAAAUAACAGAGACAAGUGACGAGAUGGACAAGAAACAACAAUUGGAUGAGCAGAUGCGGGCUGUGAUGGACAAGUACAAAUAUAAACGUCGUCAGAUAAGGGAGUUGCAGGAUGACUUACAGACCAUGAGCACAACACUGGAUAACUUAAAUCGUGAUGAGGAUGCAUAUGUUGGUAUGAUCGAGGAAAAGAAGAACAAAAUCCUGCAGCUAAACAAGGACUUAGAUGACCAGCGGGCCAAGCUGGAGCGCGUGACAAAACAGAAUAUACGGUGUUCUAAAGAGCUGAGGUCAGCAAAAAAGACAAAAGAUGCAACACCAGAUGAGAGGGACAUUGGUCUGCGUGAAUUGCGAGAUUUCAACAAGUCUAUCAUGAAGUACAUUAGUGAGGCAGUUGGACAACAUCCAGACAUGAUGGAGGCAGUCAACAUGUACUUCUCACAGGCCAAUCUGCCAGCUAUUGUACCAUCAGGUACCCCUGGAAGUUCUCGAAGCAGUGUAUCUUCGGGACAUAGCAGUCGUACUUCCUCCGUCAGAAGUUUGGGCUCCAGCCAAAGAAGUGGCUCAGCUCUUCAGAUAGGAGUUCGCACACCUACAAGCUCACGCAGUUCUUCAAGCAGUUCUCAUCAAGGACCUCGAUAGUCAUUUGGUGUUUCAGACCAGUCACUCAUGACAGGCAAAGAUUAAAAGUAGACCUGGACUGAAAUUAUCUCUGCAUAUAGAAGUCAGUGACGGUUUUUCUCUUGUACUGUAAGGGUGCUUCUAAAUGCAGGCAGUUGAUUUAAUAAUUCCACCCGUCCAUUUAUCAAGAUGUGUUACUAGAUUAAAUUGUGUCCAUCACUCAAUUUUAUUAGUGCAUUUCUCUGGUCAUUCAAACAACUUUCCCUCUUUUUUUUUUUUUCUUUUAUCAAAAUCUAAGGUACACAAUGUGGGACACCUUUGACAAAUUAUGAUACAGAAAACAUCUAUUUGGAAAUUUUGCUUUUUGUCUCAUCUUUGCAUUCGACUGAGAGAGAAGGGGGGAAGGGAGACAGCUAUACUUGCAAAACUUUUAGACUGGUUCAGGAAGAAGUUUAAUUCUGAAACCAGUAUCCUGGAGGCUAUCUUAAAACCUCUAUUUUGCUUGCUAACUUGUAUUUAUCUGUGCUCUUAUUUUAACAAAUGUCAAUUUCUGUUGUCUGGUAAAAUAAAAGGUAUGUGUAUUUUCUGUUAAAUAAACAUAACUAAUCAUUUA